UGGGGCGUGCAGGCGCCUAGCACGCUACACUUGGCCAAAUCAACUGAAGUUGAGGAUACCACCUAGCAGAUGGACGAGUACCCGCGAGGUUCCCGAGAACCAGCAAGGCGGGUGGCUAAGGAUAAUGUUUUUGGGCCUGGCAUCGAGGAAUAUAGAAGAAGACUGCCAGCGAUAGGCAAAUUAGGUCCGCAUGGGCAAAAGGCGGGUGUCUGGCCUCUUAGCACUGGGAUCACCCCUCGGCAAAAGUCAAAUGAUCCUCCCACUCCUCCCCCGCCCCUCCCCAGGCCUCCCAACCUACACCACCCUCCCCAAGAACCCCGAACCCCUCUCGGUCCCCGAACGGAUCAGCACUGCACAUUCGAAACAGGUAGCUGUCCCCAGGCCGAGACGGGCGCAGAGGUGGUAAAAGUCAGAGAACGUUAACGUGCUGCUGAGAAGGGAGCUGGAGGCAGCUAGAGCGGCGAUGGCGCUGGACCAGGUCACCAGGGGAGGUCGGUCGCAAGGCGGUUCAGAAUACGGGUGGGGGGUCUAUAUGAUCCCGAGUGUAGGGAUGAUGACCGUGAAGCGCUGGAGAAGAGGAAAGAAACAGAAGAGAAGAACAAGGGGGAUCGGGAGAAAGCGAGCUCCUGAAUGACGCGUCGGGGCGCAGUCAAACGAGCAGUGAGCAUGCCUACAGAAGCCUAGCUAGGACUUUGUGAGAUUUGUAGUGCA